AUGAGAAUUUUCUAUGUUGACAAACAAAUAUCUGCAUUGGGACCCGAAGAAUUACGAUUUCCCAAUCAAGAACUCAAAUUAUUACAUAUUGAGGAUGAUGAUGAAUUUUUCAUUCAAUCAAAACUUCCACAAAUUAAUUUAAAUAAUCCCCCCAAUACAAUUAAACAAAUUUCUUUUAACAAAAAAUUAUCUUCAAAUCAAGAACAACUCAAUAAAUAA